AAGUUCUUCAGUGUUUAAGAACUUAAAUAUAUUAGUAUUAUUAUUAUUAUUAUCAUCAUCGUAUCAUUAAUAAUAUCUUUGAAUAAAUCUUAAUUAUACAUCUGUCUAUGGACUAUACACACUUCUCAACAAUUUAGGAGAAUGUUUGGACGUGAGGACGUCAGAAGAACGUAUAGAUGUGUUCUAUAAGUUUCGGAGCUGUUUACAGGUAAACAAAGGACAUUAAAUAAAUGACCAUAGCGCAGUAUAAGUCCUCGGAGAUGACUAGAAUUCAGUACCUGCUUCAACAGAAUUAGGAUUACUGCACGCCUACUGCGAAUAAUCGUGCUAUAAAGGCGUGACAUGGCACACCAUACUCACGAUGGACAAUGGUCAGUUGGUGGCGGGUGGUUGUAUUGUCCUGUCAGUUUCGGACCUGUCGGAAUAGGAUGCAGGUACGACCUGGGUUUACGAAGAGGUAGCUAGUGAAUCUUCUACCAUAGGUGAACAAGAGGAACAAGAGUGGAGAACAGGGAUAAUUCAAGUGUCCCAAGUGUCGUGUGUGGAUAAAAAAAGUGGGCGUUCGAAAAAAGUACGUGUAGACUCAUGCGCCGUUGGUGAUGUGAGGCUGGCGGUCGCCUCACGUUUGGGGUGAUGCCCUCCAGUGAGCCCCAUCCCCCUCAGUACCAUCUUCAACAUCAUACGAUUCCACCCUCGCAUCUGCAACAGCACUCGUCGUCGCCGACGAGCGCACUUGGGCAACAUCAUCUCUAUCAACAGCUGGUGGCGGCCCAUCACCAGCAACAACAGCAGCAGCACGGCAUUAACUUCCAAAAUUCCGCGUUUACGCAGCAGAAACAAGAGAUGAGCCCGGAGGAGGAGGGCGGCCGUAGUGGUGGUUCACCUCCGACGGCUGGAGCAGCCCUCCAACAACCCCAUCAUCCUCGAACGGCUAGUCCACCUUCAGGUACAGAACCCUGUACGCGAGAUGCAAUUCCAACGCCAACGCCUACUGCUGAUACCACAACCACCACCAACACCACCACCUCAGCAGCUGGAACCAAUACGACUGCUACAUCUGCGGCCAGUGCGACAGCCACAACCACCGUAAACAUGCAGUCACCGGGCUCAGCGCAAAAACAGGGUCCAAGUCCUAGUCCAAGUCCACCUGGUGGGGAUGUAGAGAAAUUUGACGGAAAAAUUGUCUAUAAUCCUGAUGGAUCGGCCUACAUCAUCGAAGGAGAAAGUGAAUUAAGUGAGGAUGAAUCUCUUCCUGAUGGAUGUAUCGUUGAUGGUCGGGGUGUUUCUGUGCCUCACUCGUUGGUUUUUCCACAAAUCGCUAGCGCUUUCUACGUGUCAAGGCUGUAUGCUCAUCAAGCCUAUCAGCAACAGCAACAACAGCAAGCGCAACGAUCAUCACAAAUGCAUAAUCCUGAUCUACCUGUGAUGCAUAGCUAUCGGGUAAUUAGUUAUAGAAGCGCGGAAGGUACAAAACCAGUAAGCGCAUCGGCUGUGCCACCACCACCCCCAUCAACGUCAGUUCCAGUUAAACCAAUUCUUAUGUGUUUUAUAUGUAAGCUAAGUUUUGGUUAUGCUAAAAGCUUUGUUGCUCAUGCUCAAGGGGAGCAUCAGUUAACGAUGAUGGAGGAUGAGAGACAAGUGUUAUCACAUUCAACUGCAUCAGCUAUUAUUCAGGCUGUGGGACGGGGGAAACAACCCUUAGUCAGUUUUUUGGAGCCAGUUACAAGCUCUUCGUGUUCACAAAAUUGGCCUGCUCAGUCGCAGACACAACAGCAACGAGGUGAAGAUGCUAAUGAACAAGAAACGCCGACUACUACGAGUACACCAGCAAGUACACCUGGAAUCCCUAGUAGUCCUCAAAGUCAACAACAAAGGCCAUCUCCUAGUACACCAACAAUGGCAUCGUCUCAUCUUGGCAAUUUAAGCUUUAAUCAUCAGUCCCAACAUUCGUGGACCAGUGGACAAGUGAGUGCGGCGUCAUGGGCAAAAGCUCCUGAUGCUGUUCAUUAUACAUCACCACCACCUCCACCACCAUCAUCAACCAAAGGUUCUCCUUCGUCCUAUGCGGCGCUUACUCAACAACCGCCAAAUUUUCUCACCGGUACGACUAUUGGAGUGUGUCCAGAACAUAUGCAAGGACGACCAAGUGGUGUUGAGUGUAGUAAGUGUGAGCUUAUUCUUGCAAGCUCUAGACUUGCCGGACCAGGUGGUCCAUUGGCUGGAAUUCACAGCCGCAAUUCGUGUAAAACUCUCAAGUGUCCGAAGUGUAAUUGGCACUACAAGUACCAAGAGACUCUUGAAAUUCAUAUGAAAGAAAAACAUCCAGAGAGUGAAACGUCGUGUAUUUAUUGCAUAGCAGGUCAACCACAUCCAAGGUUAGCGCGAGGCGAAACUUAUACUUGUGGUUACAAGCCAUACAGAUGUGAAGUUUGUAAUUAUUCAACGACAACUAAGGGUAAUCUCAGCAUACAUAUGCAGAGUGAUAAACAUUUAAAUAAUAUGCAAGAACUUCAACAAGGUGGUGGCAGUGGAGCAUCAGGAACGAGUAAUCCUUCGUCAUCGCAAGAGUCACCAAUGCCAACAAGGAGCCCUCAUCAUCAACAAAAUCACAGUCCUCAUCUAAGUGGUCCAACAGUGACGCAGGGUAAACCUAAACCUACAUUUCGCUGUGAUGUUUGUAAUUAUGAAACAAAUGUCGCGAGAAAUCUCAGGAUACACAUGACCAGUGAAAAACAUACGCACAAUAUGUUGGUUCUCCAACAAAAUGUCAAGCACAUGCAAACGUUAUCAGCAUUACAAUCUCAUCAUCAACAACAAGCUCAACAGCAGCAUCAUCAUCAACAACAACAACAGCAACAACAACUAGAACAAUUAUUACACCUUGGUGGUCUUGAUAAGCCACAACAUGCUGAAGCAGCGCUUGCAGAUAUGGCAUAUAACCAAGCUCUUCUUAUCCAGAUGAUGACUGGCGGCCAAUUACCACCGCAACUUCCCCCUGAGCUUAUGGGUGGUAUGGCUAGUAUGACUGCAAUAAGUAAUCUCGGUGGUGAUGUUGGCUUGUCUCCUGAUAGUAUGGAACCUCCUCCAGAACCAGCAGAUCCAGAUCCAACUCAUCUUUAUCACUGCUGUGUUUGCAAUAAUUACAGCACUGAUUCCCUUGAAGCCUUAGGCCACCACCUUGCGACUGAUCGAUCGAAAACGCGUGAAGGAGAGAUUCUUGCCCUUGUUGCUGGUAAUUUUGUCUGUAAACUGUGUUCCUAUAAGACUAAUCUUAAAGCAAACUUUCAAUUACAUUGUAAAACUGACAAACAUCUUCAACGGUUACACCAUGUCAAUCACGUGAAAGAAGGUGGUCCAAGAAAUGAGUGGAAACUCAAGUAUCUUGCAUCACCAACAAGUGCAGCACAAUUACGUUGCCAUGCUUGUGAUUAUUAUACGAAUAGUGCCCAUAAGCUUGCCCUACAUGCAUCUUCACCAAGGCACGAAGCAGCAUCACUUCUUCUUCGUCAUCUGCUAGAAUCUAGUGUCAAUAUUCAAUCUCCGGGUAAACUUUAUCAUUGUGCUCUGUGUGGGUUUAGUGCAAAACAUCGGUUACCUCUUCUUCAACAUGUCAGAUCGUUGAGGCAUCUUCAAAUGGAACAACUACAUCAGCUCCAUCGAAGAAGUGGUAUUCAAGGUAAUGAAACACCACAUACUGAUAUUGGUGAUGUGUUUCAAGUAGUCGCUGAUCCUGAUGGACCAUCGACUCAACAAGCCAGUCCUACAACUCCAACGACUCCUAAUGCUUCAAACAUUCACAACGAUCGACGAGAGGUAGGCAGUGAUUGCGGAAGUGAAGUGAAACAAGAGCCAGAUAACGAUCAGGAACAAGACCAAGAGGCUGAAAUCGAAUCAGAUGAAAUCGCGUGUCCUUAUUGCACGUAUCAACCGACAUCGAAAGAAGAAUUGAAACACCAUAUUCAGAUAGCUCAUACCCAAGACUCAGAUGAAAAAAUGGAGAUGGUUAAAGAAGAGCCAGCGCAAGACUUUCUCUGUCCUUUAUGUCAAGACAGUUUUAAAGAACGAGCUGCAUUAGAAAAACACGUUAUGCAAAUUCACUCAGUUAAUUCUGACGGGCUUCAAAGGCUUCUUCUUCUUGUAGAUCAAAGCCACUGGUUAAAUAAUAAUCCUCGAAACUCUCUGACGCCAGUGGCUACACCAACAUCUCCAAGCACCACGAAACAAAAUCAAGACGAAGAAAGUGAACGAAGUGUUGAAGAAAUUGAAGAGAUUACCAGGUGUACGCUUUGCGGAAGAGUUUGUCGGUCUUUGGAGGAACUUCAACAACAUCAUAGAGAAUCUCAUCCUGCAUCAACGCCAACUUUAGCUGUUAGUGAAAAACAUGUGUAUAAAUAUCGAUGUGGUCAGUGUAGUUUAGCGUUUAAAACUCUUGAAAAAUUACAACAACAUUCACAAUAUCAUGCAAUACGAGAUGCUACUAAAUGUGCACUUUGUGCGCGAUCCUUUCGAUCAGUUCAAGCACUACAACGACAUUGGGAAACAGCUCACGCAGACGCACAGGAUGAAGAGUUAACUCAAAACAAGCACAGUUUAUUACAUGCUCAUCCAAUACUCCAAGCAUUAACGGAAGAGGCAUUGAGACGUCAAGCAAAUCUUUCCAAUGAACAAAAUGCUGAUGAAGAAGCUAGAAAUGAAGAGGAAGAAAGUGAUACUAGUGAUUCUUCACCCCUUCAUAAAGAACAAAGAUUAUGGGAAGACUAUUUGAAUAGUCAACCAAUGGCCGAAGAAUCGUAUCAAGAUUCAAAUCGUAAAUUCAAGUGCCAUCGUUGCAAAGUCGCAUUUACACGUCAGAGCUACCUCACAGGACAUAAUAAGACUUUACUUCAUCGGAAGGGUGAAAAAAUGACUUACCCGAUGGAGAAAUACCUCGAUCCAAAUAGACCAUUUAAGUGUGACGUGUGCAAAGAAAGUUUUACGCAAAAAAAUAUUCUUCUCGUGCAUUACAAUAGCGUUAGUCAUCUGCAUAAAUUAAAGAGAGCAAUGCAAGAGCAAGGCAAUAAUAAUACUCUUAUUUCAGUCAUGCCACCGGCAAGUCCCACCGAAUCUCCUGAUUCCCAGCAAGAUCAGGAUAAGAAACCUUUUAAAUGUAACAUUUGCAAGGUUGCUUACAGCCAAGGAAGUACGUUAGAUAUACAUAUGCGAAGUGUUCUACAUCAAACACGAGCUAGUAAGCUUUUUGACCUUGCUGCAAGUGGUCAAGUAGAUGUAGGUAAACCUCUAAUUGAACAUCCACCACCAGCAACUAGUCCGUCAAGUCCACCCUGUAAUGCAAACAACACUGGAAGUAGCAACAACACUAACAACAGCAACAAUAAUAACAAUAAUAAUAAUAGUAGUAAUAAUAGUAACAAUAAUAAUAGUGGUAAUAGCAAUAAUAUGCUCUCUUGCCCACGCUGCAGCGCCCUAUUUGUUAAUCAAGAUCAGUUAUCUACUCAUCAGCAACUUUAUUGCAUUUUUAGUAAUCCUUUGGCGCUAUUCCAACAGUUAGCUGCCUCUCAACAAAUGGCAUCUUCUACUUCUGACAAUACUCAACCGCCAAUGUCCACUACUCCUGGUCCUCAGCAACAACUUGCACAAGCUGCCUCGCAGACAACUAAUCAAGUUGCCCAGGACAUUCUUUCCCAACCAAGACAUAAGACUUCUCAAAUGUAUAAACAUUUACUUGAAAGCUUCGGGUUCGAUCUUGUGAUGCAGUUUAAUGAAAAUCAUCAACGAAGAAAGAAGGAAGAGGAAGUAGCAGCAGCGCUACAGGCUCAGCAAGAGCAAGCGAAACAAGAACAACAGAAGCAAGCUCUUGCUGCUCAACAAGCUCAAGAAAGAGAAGAUCUCGAGGUUGAAGAGCCUAGUGAGGAAGAAGUUAUUCCUGAGUUGACAAAAAGUACUUGUCAGCAUUGCAAUAAAGAGUUUAGCAGUGUGUGGGUGCUUAAAGCUCACUGUGAAGAGGUGCAUCGUGACCUGGUACCAAGAGAAUUUUUGGAGAAAUAUGCUCAGCAGUUUAAGUGUGAAUAUGAGAAGAAAAGUGUUGUUGUCACAGCUGCAACGUCUUCUUCAACGACGACUGCGCCUAGAAGUUCAACCCCGGCAUCUAAUCAGCCACAAGAUUUAAGUUCUGAUAAAGAGAGAAGAGAUAAAGAAAAAGAAGAAUCUCCAGAAAGUAAAGAAAGAGUCAGUCGUACUCCAGAAGCUACUUCAACAACACCAAUAACGACUCCAGUGCUGAGCAAUACUCCAGUCUCUAGCACAGACUCAACAACACCAACAGCUCCAACUAAUCCUCAACAUCAUAUGUCACAGUCACAACAACAGCAACAUCAGCAACAUCAGAUGACACUUGCACACCAAAUGACAGAAAUACAAGCAGCUUUUAAUGCCGUGGCUGCUUCGCAAAUCCAACAACAACUACAACAAUAUCCUGGUUUGAUGAUGGGAAUGAUGGGUCUUCCUUUGGGCCUCAAUGUACCUGCUCUUGCUGCCAUGAAUCUUCAGCCUCCGCUCGUACCUAUGAUGCUUCCACCUCCACCGUAUGAUGGCGCUUCUGCGACUUAUCCACCAAUCACAGCUCAAGCCGAUCUUAUUGCUAAACAACAUCUCGCUUUACAGCAACAGCAAGCAGCGGCGGCAAACGCAGCAGUAUCGCAGAAACGCGCACGAACUCGAAUCACCGACGAACAGCUGAAAAUUUUACGAGCGAAUUUCGACAUAAACAAUUCCCCUGGCGAUGAGCUAAUAAUGGAAAUGGCAGCACAAAGUGGUCUUCAACCAAAAGUAAUAAAGCACUGGUUUAGAAACACACUUUUCAAAGAACGUCAACGUAAUAAAGAUAGUCCAUACAAUUUUAAUAAUCCACCAUGUACUACGUUAAAUUUAGAAGAGUAUGAGAAGACUGGUGAAGCUAAAGUAACUCCUUUAAACUCUAGUACGUCUGGUGGCAGUUCUUCCGAUGAUAAAAGUCCAAACAAACAAUCAACUCCGCCACCAGUAUCCGCAAGCAAUACUCCAAUCACAAAUACUAUGAAUACGAUAACUGAAAUUAAACAAGAAGUGCCUGAACCAUCAAACUCAUCGCUCCAGCAAUCACAGCAACAACAAGUAGAUGAUACUCAACACCUCUCUCCAGGAAGCUCUGGAGACCAACAAUCACGGCCUCACUCUCCUGCUCUAAGUAUGAGUUCUGUAUUUUCUGGUCUUCAUCAUGAUAUUUCGUCUCAUGUGCCAUCAACAACAUCAAACACCCCAUCUACACCAAUGUUACCUCCAAAACUAGCUCCUCAGAACUUUGCCAGUCCUAAUUCUGUAGGUGGAAAUGUCGUUCCAAGUCCAAUAACUGCGAUGGCAUUGACCCCACAACGAUCCAUCAGCCCAGGACGUGGCCCAACUGAUUUUUCUUUUGGCGGAAACAGUAAUGGCAGUAAUUCUUCAAGCUCUAGCUCUGGGAAGCGCGCAAAUCGUACUAGAUUUACUGAUUAUCAAAUAAAAGUCCUUCAAGAAUUUUUUGAAAAUAAUGCUUACCCAAAAGACGAUGAUCUAGAAUAUUUGAGUAAACUUUUAGGCUUGAGUCCGCGAGUAAUUGUCGUUUGGUUCCAGAAUGCACGUCAAAAAGCUCGUAAGGUUUACGAAAAUCAACCAGCAGCAGAGCCAGUGACUCCAGGGGGUCGGGAAAAUGAUGAUGGUUCAGGUCGAUUUCAAAGAACUCCAGGGUUAAAUUAUCAGUGUAAAAAGUGUUUGCUUGUGUUCCAACGAUAUUACGAGCUUAUUCGUCAUCAAAAAACUCAUUGUUUCAAAGAAGAAGAUGCUAAAAGAAGUGCACAAGCUCAAGCAGCAGCCGCUCAAGUUGCUGCUGUUCUCAGUUCAGAAGAUAGCAAUAGCAGUUCAACAACUACGACUAAUGCAGUGCCAAAUAAUCCACCAAAUGUUUCUAAUCUGAGCGAGCAACUUCAACAGCCUCUCAAUACUCCCACUCCUCCUCAUGUCCAGCAACAAAAUUUAUCUCAACAAGCAUCCCAAUCUUCUCAACAACAACAAGCUGAAGUAAAAGAGGAAAAUUUUCAAUGUGACAAGUGCAACCUCAUGUUCAGUCGAUUUGAACUCUGGCGUGAGCAUCAACUGGUACAUAUCAUGAACCCGUCCCUCUUUCCGCCAGCUUACCCUCCAGACUCUCCGUUUGGUAUUCUUCAACAACAAGCACUUAACGCAAGUUCUGGAGGUGUCUCCAGUGAUGCUCCACAUCCUCUCAUCGCUAUGAUGCAAGAUCGUAAACGAAAAUUUGAAGACUUCGAAGAUGCCAUUGGUGGUGAGAGUCGGAGUAAUUCAGAGCACAGUGAACAGCCAAAAGAUAAGCGACUGCGCACGACAAUACUUCCAGAGCAGUUAGAUUAUUUAUAUCAGAAAUACCAGAUCGAGUCCAAUCCUUCAAGAAAAAUGCUGGAAACUAUUGCAAGAGAAGUUGGAUUAAAAAAACGUGUAGUUCAAGUCUGGUUUCAAAAUACCAGAGCAAGGGAACGUAAAGGUCAGUUUCGUGCUCACAGUCAAGUUAUCAAUAAACGUUGUCCAUUUUGUCCAGCUCUAUUUAAAGUCAAAUCUGCUCUAGAGUCUCACUUGAGUAGCAAACAUGCUGAUCAAGUAGCUAGAGGUGAGGUUAAUAUAGACAAUAUUCCAGAUGAAGAGCUGUCCAUGGAAUCAGCGCCGUCAAAUCCGAGUACUCCAAACAUGAUCCCACCACUAUUUCCUUCGUUCAACAGUGAAAUGGAGGCUUCGCUAAAAAAAUACUACGAAGAGUCCAUGAAAAGAUACAUCAGCGAACUACAAGCACACACAAGUAAUGGUAAACAGGAGGCAGGACAGGGUUCUGGAAAUGCUGGAGAAUCUCCUUUAGAUCUCAGUAAACCAGUUGAUCUCAGUAGACCAAUAAAAUUAAAUUUAGGCGGUCUAAGCAGUCUUCUUGAAGAGCAACAGCAACAACAACAACACCAUCAAAAUUCAGCUCUUUUUCGUAGCGGAAGUGACUGUGGACCUCUAACAGACCUUUCCGAGCGAAGUAUGUGUGAUGAUGACAGUCUUAGUGAGACAACCGAGUUCUUAGACGACGAAAGUGGACCUGCAAGUCCUGCUUCGAGUACUCAGAGCUCGAGACAUGGUACCACAACAACACCAAGUGGAAUAGGAACUCCAGCAACGGGCACUGGAGGCUCGAGUAGCACAAAUACUGCCAGUGGGAAUCAAUCAGCUGGAAAGCGAUACAGAACGCAGAUGUCAGCGACCCAGGUGAAAGUGAUGAAGUCUUUAUUUUCGGAUUAUAAAACUCCGACGAUGGCUGAGUGUGAGAUGCUUGGACGAGAGAUUGGACUUCCAAAGCGCGUGGUCCAGGUAUGGUUUCAGAAUGCACGUGCUAAGGAGAAAAAGGCGAGAUUAGCAGCUGGUCUUCCAGCAGAAGGUUCCAGUGUCCAACCACAUCGUGGACCAACAGGUCCUGAUGAAUGUCGUCUGUGCUCCGUACGCUAUUCUCCAAAAUCUCCACUGCAAGAGCAUGUCUUUUCGCGCAGACACAUUGAAUCAGUGCGUGUUGCAGUGGAAGAGGGUAGCUUAGUACCUCCUACUCCUGGUGCGCCGAUCUUAUCCAACAGCAGCGGAUCUAAUGCCGUGUCAGGCGCUAAUCAGACCACUAAUCAACAGCAGCAACAACAAUCAGAUGAAAGCAUGAUGUAUGGAUCACUGUUUUUACAUCCAACUGCAAUGUUUCAACAACAACAGCAACAUCCAACCAGCGCUGGUGCCUCUACGGCUACCACCACCCCCGCAGUGACGACAUCUUUAAAUGCGAAUAUGAACGGAGGAAUGAUGUCCUUACAAGUGGAGAAUGGUACCCAGGUCCAAGUACCACGAACACUGAUGCAGGCAUUCCUGAAACAGGAUCCAAAUCAUCCAGGACUGGAAACAGUUCGGCUUCCAAAUCCAAUAACUGGAAAUGACGAGCCAGUGAGUCUACCGCCUCAUUGUCGCGAGAUAGAAUCAGAAUUGUGUUUAGUGUGUCGUCGAUGUGGUCGUGCGUAUCCUCAAGAGUCAUCACUACUGGCCCAUCAACGAUCAUGUUACCUCGGUAAUCAGCAACGGCGUGGUGCUUUGAGACUGGUUCAAACACGAUUUAGCUGCAGUCUUUGUGAUACUGCGGCAUCAACAAGGACUUACGGAACAAUGAGUGAGUGGCGUCGACAUGCUGAAACGGUUCAACACCGGGCGAGACUGGAGGCGAGUCAACAACGUCCUCAGCAACAUCAUCAGUUUGUCAAUCAGCAAUACUCGAUGACAGACCUGGGAACACAAUCAGGUGAAGAAACAAACCCUCUCACUGAUGAAAUGGAGGAUGUUGUGAAUCAAAUAACACUUCUUGCUGCUCGAGCUGCUGCUGAAAGCACCACCACCACCAACCCAAACCAAACCAGUCAAGACAACAACAAUGGACCCGAGUCCAAGCGCCAGAAACUUGUCCAGGAGGUCGCGGCACUUGCUGGGGCACGUUAAAACUCCAUGAUGCAACUGCUAAAUCUACCGGAAAAGACAUCCAAUCGACGGGGGAUCAAGGAAGAAUGAGAGUUGAUGAUGUUAAGGUUGUUUUUUCUUGUGAGAUGAUGAUAAUGAUAAUGAUGAUGAUGGUAAAAAAAAGUCAAUUUGAUGAAAAGUGUGCGGGAAAAAGACUCAAGUGAUUUGUACACAAGUGGCCAAGUAGAAAAUAAUCAGAACAAUGAAUAGAAUAAUAAUAAUAAUCAAUCAUUGUUCUGUGUUAUGCUUGUCUAUUAUUUUUGUAGCCAAUACGCGUUUUCGUUAUCGCGCGUACUCAACCAAGUUCCUCUAAGUUAAAAAUUGAUAAAUUAAUAAUGAUAAUAAAAAUUAAAAUUUUAAUGAUAAUUAAUUAAUUGGAUAAUUUUAAAAAAAAUGAAACGCGGGGUUCACGAUUGUUUAAACUAUUCGGGAAUCUAAGGACUGUAAUUAACAAAUUGGGUUGUAUCCAGUUUGACUGGAUGUAAAAAUUAAUUACUAAUGCGAUUAUCUUGAUUGAAAAUUUUCAUUAUAUGAUGCGAGAUCGGUAUGAGUUUUCAAGUUAUAAAAAUUCAAGUCGAGAAAAAUUCUGCACGAUUGAUGAAUGAUAUCGUCAUCAUUGUGAUGGUCUGCGACUAACGUUCCUAUGUAAAGUAAUAAAGUAAUAAAUGAUACAAUGAAUUUAAAUUUAACAAAUUUAGGUAGUGAAUCGUGUGGCGUGUUAUCCCGCGAAUUUCCUACGAGUACGUACGUAUUACAAUCCAUCUUAUCUUUCUCUUUCUCUCUCUAUGUCUAUUGCAUUUUUGUAUCUUUUGGGCACUGAGUAAGAAAUAAAUAUAAAAAAUUUCUUUACUCAACAAAUCAUAACAAUUAUUUGUUUAAACAUUAAAAAAAAAAAGUGAAACCAACGAAAGAAAUAUUGUAAAAAGGAAUUUUUUAUGUCAAUGUUUACUCAGUGAUUGUCUCAAUUGUUAAAUUCAAAAUAUUGUGAGAAUUGGAAUGAACGUAAUGAUGGAGAUAUUUUUUUUAUUCAAUUGUUUUUAUUAAUUAUUAUUGCAAAUCACAAUCCCACCACUUUUGGGGAUAGAGGACCCGUGAAAAAAAGCAUAAAAAUUAAAACUAAAAAAAAUCCACACUACAUAAAGAGACACUUGACUUUAAUGUUAAAAAAGAUAAAAGUCAAUUUCAGGGCUUAUUGAACAGAAUUAAAAAAGAAUCAAUGCAAAUUACGUCAUAGGGGGAUUAAAGCACGGUAUUUUUUGCUGGGAUGCAGUCUCGCUAACUAAAAGAGACUUGCAACAAAUUAAAAUGACGACUUAUUUGCAUAAUGAUAAAAGAAAUCUUAAAAGUAAGUAAAGACAAAGAAUAAACAAUUAAACAGAAUGAAAAUAAAAAUAAAAAUAAACUAAAAAAUAGACGAGGAAAAAAAAACAAAUGUCAAGUGAAAUAUAUUAAGUAGAUGUGACCACCGGGUGCACAGGCGGUGAAAGCAUCGUCGAUUACGAAAGAAAACCCAGCAACAUGGUUCCUAUAUUUAAUAAAGUAUAUUUAAUAAUGGUAAAGAAAAAAAGAAUUAAUAAUAAUAACAGUAAGAGUAAUAAUGAUAACAAUAAUAACAAUAUUUAUAGUUGUUAAUAGUAACGGUUUCGAUUAAUGAUAAUUAUCGAUAUAUUACGGAUGCGAAUGACGAUUUAAUUACGGAGGUUUGGGACUAAUUAAACAUGAGUUUAUGUGUUAUUCGAAAGUUGUUGAUUGGGCGAGAUUUAGAAUAAAAUCGUCCUUCCUAAGGAUAAGAGUAAAAUCGACACGGGGGUGCACACGGUACGCGAGCCUAAUUCUCCUAUUAGACAUAAACUAUUGUAGACGAUCACAUGAUAGAAUCAGAUACUAUUAUUAAUAAUUAUUAUUACAAUAAAAAAAAAUUAAUUAAUUAAUUAUACUAACAGUGGAAUUUUUUAAUUAAAGUGUAAUAAUUUUUAGAAUGGAGUGAGAGUGAGCAAGUUGGAAGUUACACAAUUAGUAAGUUAAUAAUACAAGAAUAUAAAUAAAUAAAAUAAAGUCUAUAAAUAAACUAAAAGAUGAUAUUAUGCAAAUAAAUUAAUAAAGAAAUAAAAUAUAUAUGAUGUUGUAAUGUUCUAGAAUCUUCGCGGGUAGUACCUAAAAAAAAAAUCGUGAUGCGUUUUUUUUUACACGCGUACGUACGUGAUUACUGUAAGUGCGAAAUAAACGUGAUUUGAACAAGUAGGAGACGAGAAAUGAGUUGGAAAAAAAAAAUUUGCCAUAAAAAAUAAAAUUAUUGUAAAGGGGUCAGAUGUUAUGGUUCGUGCUUGCAACUGUAUUAACCGGAAGUGUCAUAUGAUGUGUAUUAGAGAUAUGAAAAAAUCGUUUACGACAAUGAUAUUUCGUAGCAGCUUUAGCAUCACGCGAACACGAAUCAUUUAUCAUCCAGAAAGUACUCAAUUAUGAGAGGGAAAUAAAAAAAAAUAUUAGUUAAAAUAUUAAAAUCCAGACUGACUUUAAUGAAAAAAAAUCGAAUGAAGUGAAAAGUAAAUUCGAAUGAUUGAAAAAAAAAAAAAGGUUUUUUCUUAUUACAAUCGUAUAGAGGCAUUGAAAAGGGUAUAAUGUGAAAUAUUAAUGAAGAAAAGAAAAAACGAAAUGUCAAGUAAUAAAUAUUUUUAAGGUAACUAAUUGAUAAGUAACUCGAGUUCCUGUCGCAAAAAUGCUUUUCUAUAUUUAACGUUGGUGAGGAUUUUUAUUACUAUUAUGAUUAUUAAUUAUUAUAUUUGAACUAUUAAUUAUUAAACUAUAAUUAAAUAAUAAAUAUUCCGAAUAUAAUAUUUAUACAAUUAAUGUGAAUCGUGUAUAUUUAUUAUUAUUAUUAUCGUCAAUUGUCGUACGUUGGAAGUUAUGUAAAGGAAUACGUGAGAAGUUAGGUAUAUUAGGAAUCUAUGAAAAUUUUUACAUAAUAAAUUUUUUAAAUAAUUUUCUCGUUUGUGCAUUAAAAAAAUUAACUUUCAUAAUUUUUUAAUAAACAAAUCGGUGUAUUUUUAAUUAAUUGUAUAAACAACUUGAAGAAAUAAUUUAUUUAAUAAAUAAUCCAUCAUAAUUGGUGGGGCCCAGUGUAAUAAAAAAAAAAACUUCCUAAUAAUUAAUAUAAAAAAAUUUAAUUGCCCACAAAAUGGCUCCCUCUUUGUUCAGGCAAUCGCUAAUAUUAUUUCUUAUAUGAUUUUUUUCGUGAGUGAAAACAAUAGAUAUUUUUGAGCAACGAAUUUCUAUAAAUAUUUAUAAAUAAAAAAAAGACAUAAAUAAAUGUGUAUAAAAAUAAAUGAGAUUAAGGGGGGUUUAAUAGAUUAAUUAUUAUAUUUGUUAAAACAAGCUAAAACCGAAGCACAAUGCGUAUGUAUAGACACAAAAAGCCAUACAUUAACUUGAGUAAAUCACUUACCACAGCGGGAAGAAAAAAGAUAUGAGAAAAAAUAACAAGCGAUAAGUGGUGUCGGACAAUGAGGGGAAAAAGACAACCGAGUGGCAGUUGACUAUAUACAUAUUGUACUAUGUCAUUUUUUUAUAAGUUUAAUUGUACGUACGUACGCGUGUAUGCGAAGGAAACCAGGGAAAAAUGGCAAAGAAUAAAAAAUAACAACUCUUAGGUGGGAGUUUAACAGCCAAAGGAAUAAUUUUGAAUAGUUUUUUCAGUUCAUGGAAGAACGAAAGUUUGCGUGAUAGAAUUAUACUGAACCUCGCUAUAAUUAUUAGCUGUUCCUAAAUUAACUAUGAAUGAGUGAUAAUCUUGUGUAGAAUUUACGAAUGAUUAAGAUACUAUUAUUAUUUAUAUACGUUGUGGAUAAGUAACUGAAAACAACGCCGCGCGCUGCCACUCCCUUCCUAAAUAAUGUUACUAAAAAAUUCCAUCAAAUUUUUUAUUACUUCAGUAUUAUAACAAAAAUUCGUUUUUGUAGUAUUAUUAUUAUUAAUGAUGAUGAUAGUAAUAAAAAAAACAUAAUAAUUGGAGAUAUAAUUUUUUACUUCCUGUUUUACCGAUAGAGUCAAUGUCAUUAACAUUGAGAUUUUUCACUUGAGUCCUUUCAUAAAGUUGUAUAAAAUAAAACAAUAUUAAAUGAAAGAACGAUGGAAAGUACA